CCCAACAAACCCAGUAACGAGCCCUUUGAACCCUAAAACCCUUUUCCGCCCCCAGGCUACCAGUAACGGCCGUCUCUCCGGCUGCCUACAAAGCGCCGCCCACCCGAAUCCACCAGACCGCAGCAGAGAUGGCCAGCGCCGGCGGCUUCCUCGCCGACGUAAAUGACCCCUGGUUGAAGCCGCGGCUGCUCCGCGCGGUGGUCGCCGAGCGGCUGCCGCAGCCGGGCGGCGCUGAGCUCCCGCCGGCGGAGGUCGCAUCCGUCCUCGAGGCGGUGCGCACGCACGGCCUCCUCACGGAGGUCCUCCCGGACCACCCGCCGGACCCCAAGCUCGCCGAGGCGUGGCGUGCCGCCGUCGACGCCUGGGUCGAGCGGGUCGACGCGCUUGUGGAGAGCGACUCGACAUACAGUUGUUGGUUGGGUACUUGCUUUCUUGGUGUGACUUUCCAAGAGUGCAGCAAUGAGCGCUUUGCAAAAUCAUACUCCAAUUGGUUUGAGAAGAUUCUGAGUAACUUGCAGCAGGAACCAUCUAGCUUGCAACUUGUUACUACUGUCUCUUGUACUUCCAUGUCUGAUCUAUUUGUGAGGUUGGCGAAGUUUUUGAGCCUAAAGAAAGAGGCGUCAUCCUUUGCUGGAAGGGUUGUUGAACCGGUGCUGCGGCUUUUAAAUGAGACUGGUCCAGUAGCUGACGAAGCAGUUGAUUUGCUGAGGACAGUUAUUAAAUUGUACCCAUCAUCUGUGAAUCGGCACUACAAUAAAGUUGAAUCUGCCAUUGCAGCAAAGGUUAUGAGUACAGAAGUCAGUGUAAAACCAUGUGAGAAAUUUGCAAGAGCCUUAGCAUUGUUACCUUCUGUCCGAGUAUCUGAGGACAGUUGGUCACUGAUGAUUCGGAAGGUAUUGAUUGUGGUAAACAAUCUUUUGAAUGAUGCUUUUAUUGGGCUUGAAGAAGAUAAGAAAGGCCAUGAUAUUAUGUUGCUACUAGUUCCACCUGGAACUGAUCCUCCACCAACAUUGGGAGAUCAAGCAAGGUCUGGAGGCAAUGUACAUGUCACGAAGAAAUUUCGUGUCUGUACUGUUCCUACCAUUUCAGCUCUUAUCCAUUGCUGCAGUGUGAUGCUGACUAGUUAUUAUGCAGUUCAGGUCAACAUUCCAAUGCGUGCUUUGGUAGCUUUGAUACGAAGAGUGCUGUUAGUUGAUGGAUCAUUGCAUAAAAAGUUGUUCCCUUCAACAACUUCCUUGCAUCAAGAGCUUAUUUGCUUUGAGCUUCCGUCAUUGCAUUUAUCUUUCUUGGAUUUGCUCAAUGCAACUAUUAAAGGAAUGAGAAGCCAACUUUUACCACAUGGUGCUAGUAUCAUUCGGCUUAUAACAGAGUACUUGCAAAUAGCAAAGUUGCCUACUUUGAGGACAAAAGUUUAUAGCAUUGUGCAGUUGUUGCUGACCUCCAUGGGUGUUGGGAUGUCUCUGCACUUGCUUGAUGCAACAGUCAGCAAUGUAGUUGCUGAUCUGAAUGGUGGUGAUGGAAAUGGCAUGUCUAUAGUCUGCACAAAUCCAUCAGAAGUGACAAGUGAAUCAUCAUCAAAAAGUUAUUCCAAGAAGAGGAAGCAAGAACCACAAAUACAAAAUUCAGUUGUCUCAGCUUCAGAGAAGGCAGGAAUCAGCCCAUGGAAAAGGAAAAGUUCUUCCAUGCCAAUUGCAUCAAAGAAAAUGACUCCUGAAACUACUGGAGAUGUUAGAAUGUUAACUCCACUGUCUGUCAAAAUAGCCGCAGUAGAAACAUUGGAAAUUCUUCUGAAUGUGGGGGGUUCAUUGCGGACAGAUCACUGGAGGUCAGAAGUGGAUUUGCUCCUAAUUAACGUAGCUACAAGUGUUUGUGACACAGGAGGGAGUUACGAGCAAAAACCAUUCACAGUUGGGGAGCCAAGCAUAUCAGACCUCCAACUUGCUUCAUUGAAGGCACUGCUGGCAUCUUUUCUUUCUUCUCCUCAUGCCCGCACUCCUUACUUAGCCAAAGGAAUCGAACUCUUCAGAAGAGGGAAGCUAGAGAUAGGCACUAAGCUUGCAGAGUUUUGUUGGCGUGCUUUGCUGGCUUUGGACGUCCUUAUGCACCCUCGAGCCCUUUCUCUAGAAAGAGCAGCUCCUUUAGGCCCUGGACUCAACUAUGGUGCACCGGAAAAGGCAGUUUUUGGUGCUGGAAAAUACAUGUUUUCACCAUCGCGAGACCACUAUCAAGCUAUGGAGGUUGAAGACAUGUAUGAUGAUUGGUUGGUAUCCAACAAGGAUGAUGAAUCAGCAGAGGCUCCAGUGAAUGAUACAGCGGUCAUGACGUUGGAGGAUGAAAGGCAACUCAACCCCAUAACAGAAGAUCCAAAAAUUGAUCCAUCCAGAAUUGCAGAUGCAGUACAAUAUGUCGUGGCGUCCAGCAAGAGUGAUGUAAAAAUGGUAGAUGCAACUGCAGACGAACUUGUCAUGCCAAACACAAUGGAUAAUCCUUCCAGCUCCAAUGCUGUUUCAACUCCGGGACACACAACAAAUUCUGAUUCACAGAAUCAUAUGAUAGCAUCAUUUCCUGAGCAGAAGCGCAUUGAUCACGUUAGCCAUCUUGAGAACAAAAGCUCAGUUAUCGAUGCCCCAUUCAGAAAACUGGGAACUUCAGAUGAAGCUUCAGUUGUUCCAGAUGUUGCUUCAAGCAGCCAUCAAGCACCAGGAGGCUCUUCAACCAGCUUCGCGGAAUUGUUUGGUUCGGAGUCGGACGUUGAGUCAGAGUCAGAAGACUCAAUGCCAGAUAUUAAGGACGGGGACCCUGACUCUGACUAGUGUUCAUUACUGUUUGUUACUUUUUUAUGGCUCCCUGAGUUCACCUUUUUAUUUUAGGUACAGACCAAUGACAUAAACGGUUGUUGUAAUCUGUUACAUCCCAACGAAAAUUUUGUGGUGUUAUUUUAUUGUUGUGCCUAGAGGAACGCAGUUUCUGAAGCUA